AACAGUCGGCAUCGGUUUAAUAACAGUAUAUUUAGUGAGAUUUUAUGUAAAAGUGUUUUCUCAACCCCGGGGUCCGUUCCCACUUCCAAUUAUUGGCAAUGCUUUGCUGUUCAGAAAUACAACAGAAACUCAAUUCGUAAUAAUGAAUGAAUUGCACAAAACGUAUGGACCGGUGUAUACAAUAUGGUUGGGUUGGACACCAAUUGUGGUCAUAUCGGGAAUGAAUUUAAUUAAAACCGCAUUUAAUUCAAAAAACAAUGAAUUGAUGGGAAGACCGAAAAAUAGCAUCACUGAAACACUGUUACAGUCGGGCAGUGACGUCGCCUUCACAAAUCACGGACCCGUUUGGGCCAGUCUUAGACGUGUCGCACACUCGGCGGUCAGAAAACUAGCCAUAAGUGAGAAGUUGUCUGAUUUAGUGGACGAUGUCGUCAGCGAAACCACUGAUACCAUGAUUAAGACACACCCAAUUGGGACACCAUUUAAUCCCAAGAGUUUUAUUUAUGCCAAUGUAUUCAAUAUAAUCGCUUCGUCCGCUUUUGGCAAACGAUACAAGUUUGGAGACAAAGAGCUCAAGUAUUUAGAGCAAAGUUUUGAGGACUUUAGAACCAACACCAAUGAUCUGGUGAUUUGCGAUCGCAUACCUGUCCUCAAAAAGUUGCCAAAAUAUGCCAACAUUUUACGAAAAACAUUACAAACUUUAAAGGGUUUGUCAGGAUUUGUGAGACAACAAUAUAUGGAUCACUUGGAGACCCAUUCCUCGGGUGUCGUCAAUGACUUCUGUGACGCUCUCAUUGAGGCUAAAGAGGAGUCCAUUCAGGAGGCGAAGGAAAGCGCCGCCGCUUUGAUUGAUACUAACCUUUCACUCGUUAUUGUGAAUAUAUUUAUAGCCGGUUCGGACACUACUCAAUAUACUUUGCGAUGGAUUCUACUAUUGAUGGCAAACAACACUGAAAUGCAGAUUCAGAUGAGGGAUGAGAUCGAGUCUGUGAUCGGCGAUAGAGUGGCCACUAAUGAAGACAGAAAUGAAUGCCAUUUUGUUAACGCUUUCAUCGCUGAAGUAUUACGUUAUAGAAAUGUUACCCCAUUAGGUCUGCCACAUGUGGCCAUGUCUGAUAUGCAACUUGAUAAAUAUCACAUAAAAGAGGGAGCAUUUGUUUUUGGUAAUCUAAUAUCGGUAAAUCGUGAUCCAAUCCUAUGGCCAAAUCCCGAAGUGUUUGAUCCCAAGAGGUUCCUCACAAGUGAUGGUAAAUUUGUGUCAAACAUCCCGGGCUUUCAUCCCUUCGGAAUCGGACGGCGCGUAUGUAUUGGCGAAAAGCUGGCGCUCGCGGACCUGUUCUUCAUAACAGUGCGUCUCUUGAAGUCGACCAAUGAGUGUGUGUUUGCGUUACCGACGGGCGACGGAUCCGCGGACUUACAGCCCGACCCCAACAUACUAUUGCUGAGUAGUCCUAAGCCCUACGAAAUAAUGCUUAAAAUAAGAUAAUUUUUACAAUGUAU